GCUCUUUGCUUUGUAAAUGCUUCCGCUUUUAGUCCCUCUGCACGCCUUCCACCAUUCUUCCAUCCUCCUCGAACAGUCGAACACCCUUUCUCUUACAUUCGGAGCUCGACUCCAAAAUUUCUGUCCGCUUUGUUUUCUUUAUUGCAGUCAAAGAUCUGAAUCUGAGUACAUAGAAGGAAUUACUGGUCAGGUGAGCAGGUACACAGCAGGAUUGAUGGGCGCUGAUUUGGGAGUUUGUUUUGGGGUUUUGGAUUUAUGGACCCAGUGAACCACUGAAGCAAACUGUAAUAGAUAGGGAGAAAGAAAUAUCAGAUCGAAGAAACAGAUAAAAAGCUGGCAAGCAAGUGGUGGGAGAGAGUAGAUGUGGCGAUGACGGGCUUGGAACCAGGCCCAGGUUCUCGCUACGUCCACCAGCUUCUCAGGCCGGAGUUGCACUUACAAAGAUCAUCACAGACACAACACCAAACAAACCAAAUCUUCGACUCGAAGAACUCCCCAGAGAAGGAUCAGAAGACCGACUCGAACUCAGCCACGACAAGCUCUGGCGCAGCAGCAGCCAUCGCCACUCGCCGGCCGCGCGGCCGGCCUCUAGGCUCCAAAAACAAGCCGAAACCACCGAUAAUCGUCACCCGGGACAGCCCCAGCGCACUCCGAUCGCAUGUUCUUGAAGUCUCGGCAGGCGCGGAUGUGGUCGAGUGUGUAUCAAAUUACGCAAGGCGGAGGGGGCGUGGAGUGUGCGUCCUUAGCGGCGGUGGAACAGUCGUCAAUGUGACGCUGCGUCAGCCAGCAGCACCUGCAGGGAGCGUAGUAACACUGCACGGUCGGUUCGAGAUACUUUCGCUGUCGGGAACAGUGCUUCCGCCACCGGCUCCACCUGGAGCAGGUGGACUAAUGAUAUUUUUGGCAGGAGGGCAGGGACAGGUUGUUGGGGGCAGUGUCGUGGGCCCUUUGGUUGCUUCGGGUCCAGUGAUGCUAAUGGCUGCAUCAUUUGCGAAUGCCAUGUUUGAAAGACUACCAUUGGAGGUGGAGGGAGAGGAGUCACCGGUGCAGGUCCAGCCCUCGGCAUCACAGUCAUCAGGUGUUACAGGUGGUGGCCCUGGUGCGCAAUUGGGUGAGAGUUCAGGUGGAAGCGGUGGAGGAGCUGCUGCUACUGGUGGUGUUUCUUUCUACAAUUUGGGAGUGAACACGCUCAACUAUCAGUUUCCUGGAGAUGUUUUUGGUUGGAACGGCAAUGCUUCAAGGCCUCCAUUUUAAUGGUAAAUCCGGGGAGAUGGAUUUGAGUGUCGAUCUCUUCUGGGCGGUAAGUAGUUUUGACAUUUGAGCUCGUAAUUAAGGGUUGAUUAAUUUGGGUCUCGGCUUUAAGAACAACCGAGAGACGAUAGUACAGCUUUUUCUGCAAUAAAAGCCAUAACCUGUAAAGAAAUCGGCCAUUUUCAUAACGGGGGCGAAGAACACAAGUAGCAGCAGUGGAAGAAGAAGGACCAGAUGAACCCCUGAUGCAAGUAUUAAAAUGCUGUAAUUUCAUGAAGUACUCGUUAUUUGCAGAAGGGCAGAAAGAUAUAUGAAGCCUAUUUAGACAGAAGCUGAAAGAUUAAAAAAAAAUCCUGUGUGAACUUGAAGAAAAGGAUUUGCAGACUUUCCAAAAGGUCAGUGAAUGCAAAUUCAUGUACAAAAUUUUCUUUUCUUGGUUUCUACUCGUUCUCCAUGUUUACUCAUUUCUAGAUGCUACUGAGGGGGAGUACAGUCUACUUACCCCCUCCCCCCCCCCCGCC